AUGAUCCACAACUGCGACCCUCGAUGUGCACGGGCUAUCGGAGCUGAGGAGAGGCUUGCUCCCGGGAUUUUAGUCCAUCAGAGGAGAGGUCCCUGCGGCAACAGGCGAGACCUUACCUGGUGGUGAGUGGAGUGGACGGCCGUCGUACCACUAUCCUGCCCAAUGAAGCCUGACAAACACACGGACCAUCCGCGGACCCGGUCCUGAUUCCCCCUCCCUCUGGACCAGGGGGGUGAUCCCGGUACUCGCACUAAAGCUGCACUCGGAGGCACCGCUGUGCCAACAUGCAAGACCCAGGCCUAAAUCUAAGAUGGCGGAGGCCAUGUGUGCAGACACUGAUCCGCGGCGCCUGAAACGGACUACAGACACCAUCUGGUCCGGCGCACAAAGCAACAAGCACCAAACGACACCCACCCCAUGUAGCAGCUACCGAGUCCAGGGACAUACCGGGUGCAUGGCACCAGUAAUCCAGCACGACGCACCACCCUCAAAGCAUGCGCUGCAGACGAGACCGCUCGCCCAUCAUCUGAGCUGGGCGCCCACCGGGAGGAACUCCUCCACAGCCUGCCAUACCCCCAGGGAGAAGUAAGGGAUCCAGCGGAACCCUGGGCCCACGAUCCUGCUGAUGAGAUCAAUGGCGAACGGGCACGAGCACAUACUAAGGCCUCAGGCCGAAGACAGGCGGUCCCAGGAUGCAGUGCCGCCAUCACCCCAGGAAGAAACAGCGCCUCGGUGACCUGGAGCAGGUCUCCAAUCAGGCAGUAACACAAGCGGGAUCCAUCCCAAGGCACAACAGCAUACCCUGCGGAGUGGACUGAGUACUUUUAUGGACAUUGAUGGACAUACCGGCUAUUGCAUAACGAACAUAAGGACACAUACCCAGGACUUGGGCCAAAAAUCUUAAAAGACGCCAGUUGCACAAUGGGGGAGAGGCAGGGGGGCUAACUAAACUUACCUAACUAAUCUGUAUGCACUAGACCAUUCACCCUAGGGGGUUAAUUGCUUCACAACACUAUCGACCCCCCCUCCCCCCCCCCUCCCCCCGCUGUCUACUCUUUUGUUGCUUUGCUUAGACCAUCUCACAGGCUAGCCAUGAAAACUCCCUGGUUCGGCGGGCAUGACCAGCACUCGCCUGGGCACGGUGUGCCUCCCCACAUUAGCUACACCAAUCUAGCUAGCAGCCUAGCACCAUAUAGUGAAGAGCAUACUUACCUUAAUAUGUAUACCUGGUGGGACUCGCAGAUACACAGUUGAGUUAUAUCUAUAUUUAACAUGUGAUACGCAGGGCACCACGCUUAGCAACAUAACAUAAUAUACAAGCGACUUAUAAUCAUCUAACUUGCUGCUACACCACAUCUGGUAUCUCUGCUUUUUUUAAACUCCUGUGCACAAGCAUUAGACAUGCAAGCUUUGCUUGUUCCCCACUUGCGUGGCCAUAUCACUCGACUUGUAUUUACUCCUUAUAUACCAGCUUAAAGUUCUGAAACCACAGCUUAGCAAGUAACCUCACUAUGUAAUAUGGCUUAUGUACCAUGCGUUGAUAUGCUCUAACCACCUGCUUUGCAUUCUGUAGUGAAACCUGCAUCACUAUCUAAACAUAUAAAUAGAGCCUGACCCAUGUAGGUGUUAUGGCACUGAAUAAGACCUGUAUACCAUGCAUUGAUGCGCUCUUACCUCCUGUUUUGCAUUCUGUAUUGUCUUAAUCUAUGCCUCAAUAAAAACAAAGAUUGACACAAAAAAAAGAAACAAUAAAGACUGCUGUCAUGGAGUUGAACUGGACGCCACGUUGUCUUUAAUCAUUGUAACAUGCGCAUGCACAAGAGAAGGAGGAUUGCGGCCGUUGUCUCAAAGAUCUGAUAAAAUAGAUCAUACAGAUAGUUUGGGCAGGAUGCUGAUGAGGAGGGGUAGACUGGACAAGCCAAGUGGGAAAUUGCAAUGGCAGGCUAGGAAUGAGACCUUAAUGAAGGUUAAAAGCUGAUAGACCUGUGAUGGCACAGGCUUCAUUGCUGUCCAGACUGAGGGCAGGGUCUCGCGGUGGGUUCAAGGGAUAACAGCGGCCUUAAGAAACUGGUCCACUAUUAUUUGUACAAGCGCUAACGGAAUACUGACUACUUCCGGUGGUUGGGGCAUGUUUUUUUUUUUAAAUGUUUUAUUUAUUUGAUUUUUUUUAUUUGCUAACUCUUGCACACUGCAAAAAUGUUAAGUAGGGUCAGUGCACCAGAACAGCAGACAACCGGUAUUCAUGGUAUGGCUUGCAGGCUUUCGCCUCCUACAGAGUGCAAUUCAACUGUGCUGUCUAUAGCAGAGUCACUUUUAAAUGUUGAGUGCCUUGAUUUUCUUGUUUAAUUUCCGUAGUUUUGUUUUCUCUCUAUUUCUGUGAUGAAAUAUGAAAAUAGAAGUACCGUAUGUGCCAUGUUUAUACUGAUUUAUUGUAUAAGCACGCUGCCUUGAAAAAUUAGGAAUAAAAAAAUAAAAGAAUUAUUAGUAAAAUAAAGCAACUUUAAAUUAUAUAUAUAUAUUUUAAUUAUUAAAUUUUUUGUGCUCAAUGUCUGCUUUUUGGUCAUUGGCUAUACUUUUUGGAGUGAAUAUUAUAUUUAAUAUCUAAAAAUAAUAGAAAUGUGACAGAUCUACCUAUAACACCUAUACAUAUACUUAUUCAGUUUUUAAAUUAUUAUUAUUAUUAUAAAUAAUGAGGUCAUCAUAAAAUUUAAGUUUCAUCCUCAGUUACCUGCUCCCCCCCAUCCCUGUCUCUAAGUCCUCACUGCUCCCCCCCAUCCCUGUCUCUAAGUCCUCACUGCCUCAAUUAGCAGAUUCUACAUUCAAUUGAUAAGCAUCCACCAAUCAGAGAGUACAUCUACCACCUUCCAACCAAUGAGAUGCGCUCCAUUCUGUUGUCAGCCAAUAGGUAACCCUCUUUCAUGGGCUCUGACCAAUGAGCGCGCUGUUUCUGUGGCUGCGUCACCGCUGCUCUGAUUUCAGUGAGUAGAAGCGCUAUUCUGGAAGGUGAACUGUUGGCGGGAGUUACGCACACAGCGUAAGUUUUCGCAGCUGGCUGGAAGGAAGAGGCAGUCGGUGUGCGUGUUGCCGUGGCGCUUCCUACGCAGUUAGCGUAUCGCGGCUGUGGUUGCUGUGGUGAGAGGCUGCACUCUGAGGCAGAGACAGAUAGCGGUAUGUGAUCAUGUCUGUCUGUAUCUGUGUGUUCAGUCUGCCAGUGCUCAAACGUCCUGGUCUGGGAGGGCAGGAGGAGCGCUGACAGGGUAGGAGCGGGGUACAAGGGACAUACUGAGCACUAGGAUCCAGCCAUCACAUCCCCUGUGUGAGGAGCCACUGGCAGACCCACAAUUACCCCCUGGGGGGCAGGAGGAGCGCUGACAGGGUAGGAGCGGGGUACAAGGGACAUACUGAGCACUAGGAUCCAGCCAUCACAUCCCCUGUGUGAGGGGCUACUGGCAGACCCACAACUACCCCCUGGGGGGGCAGGAGGAGCGCUGACAGGGUAGGAGCGGGGUACAAGGGACAUACUGAGCACUAGGAUCCAGCCAUCACAUCCCCUGUGUGAGGAGCCACUGGCAGACCCACAACUACCCCCCGGGGGGGGCAGGAGGAGCACUGACAGGGUAGGAGCGGGGUACAAGGGACAUACUGAGCACUAGGAUCCAGCCAUCACAUCCCCUGUGUGAGGAGCCACUGGCAGACCCACAACUACCCCCUGGGGGGGCAGGAGGAGCACUGACAGGGUAGGAGCGGGGUACAAGGGACAUACUGAGCACUAGGAUCCAGCCAUCACAUCCCCUGUGUGAGGGGCUACUGGCAGACCCACAACUACCCCCUGGGGGGGGCAGGAGGAGCACUGACAGGGUAGGAGCGGGGUACAAGGGACAUACUGAGCACUAGGAUCCAGCCAUCACAUCCCCUGUGUGAGGAGCCACUGGCAGACCCACAAUUACCCCCUGGGGGGCAGGAGGAGCGCUGACAGGGUAGGAGCGGGGUACAAGGGACAUACUGAGCACUAGGAUCCAGCCAUCACAUCCCCUGUGUGAGGGGCUACUGGCAGACCCACAACUACCCCCUGGGGGGGCAGGAGGAGCGCUGACAGGGUAGGAGCGGGGUACAAGGGACAUACUGAGCACUAGGAUCCAGCCAUCACAUCCCCUGUGUGAGGAGCCACUGGCAGACCCACAACUACCCCCUGGGGGGGGCAGGAGGAGCACUGACAGGGUAGGAGCGGGGUACAAGGGACAUACUGAGCACUAGGAUCCAGCCAUCACAUCCCCUGUGUGAGGAGCCACUGGCAGACCCACAACUACCCCCUGGGGGGGCAGGAGGAGCACUGACAGGGUAGGAGCGGGGUACAAGGGACAUACUGAGCACUAGGAUCCAGCCAUCACAUCCCCUGUGUGAGGGGCUACUGGCAGACCCACAACUACCCCCUGGGGGGGGCAGGAGGAGCGCUGACAGGGUAGGAGCGGGGUACAAGGGACAUACUGAGCACUAGGAUCCAGCCAUCACAUCCCCUGUGUGAGGGGCUACUGGCAGACCUACAAUUACCCCCUGGGGGGGCAGGAGGAGCGCUGACAGGGUAGGAGCGGGGUACAAGGGACAUACUGAGCACUAGGAUCCAGCCAUCACAUCCCCUGUGUGAGGGGCUACUGGCAGACCCACAACUACCCCCUGGGGGGGGCAGGAGGAGCACUGACAGGGUAGGAGCGGGGUACAAGGGACAUACUGAGCACUAGGAUCCAGCCAUCACAUCCCCUGUGUGAGGGGCUACUGGCAGACCCACAACUACCCCCUUGGGGAGGGGGGGUCAGAACAAGGUAAGCAUUAGCCCUGGGGUCACUACAGGGGGUGCUGUACAUGGGUUAGUACUGAUGUAUUAUCAGUGGAGUAAUAUUGAAAGAGAGAUCCUUAGGCAGUCCAGUUUUAAAACUCCCAUGACUCCCUGCCAACCAUUGACAGGCAGAUUGUUAUGGGAUGUGCAGUCUUUAACCAGCUGGAGUGUCAAAGGUAAGCCACCACUUUAUAUUAAAGUGUUACUCCAACCAUCAUGACCACUUGUGCAUUAAAGGGCCAUUAUAGUCUUCAGAUCCACUACAGCUUAAUGUAGUAGUUAUGGUGUCUAUAACCUGUUCCUGUAGGCUUUUUAAUGUAAACACUGCCUUGUCAGAGAAAAGUGGUGGAUCCUCACCGAAACCGAGUUCGCAUCGGUUCGCACAUAUGCUCGGAGCCAGUGAGAAAGGUCCAUUCAAAUGCUUCUAUUUAAGAAUAAUUUAAUUGGAAUGCGCAAGGAGGGCUGUGACAUCAGACGAGGUGUGGAAAGGAGCACCGAGUGAAGCGUUGUCUGGUGCUGGAUCCUUGGGAAGAGGAUUCUAAAUUGAAUUCUUAUCUUUUUAUUUUUUUAAUAAAUGACUUGGAGUAAUCCAUUAAUGUGCUCUUUUAGAUGUGAUGGGAGGAGUUUCUUUCUUUUAGCACAAUUCUUUGAUUUUCUCACUCUCCGAUGCAUUGUUUUGAUUGUAUUCUUAUGUUUUUGUUUCUCAAAGUGUUUGUUAAUUUUGGCGGGUCUAUGUAUAUUUUGCACUUAUCAGAAGCUGUCCCUCACAGCUGCUGCCAUCUUAUUCCGAUGGACCGUCGUUUUCAGCUCCUGGUACUUCAUCUGCCAGGAGUUACGCAAGAGUACAGCACUGAAAUUUAUGGAGAAUCUGGUAACGCUGCAGGAGCCUCCAUAGAUCUCGUCUCACAAUGAGCAAGAUAAUGUCUGAUUCUCACAGCCAUUGCAUGCAACGACUGCUGGGAUUUUACAAGAAUUGACAGCAGAGGUAAACCGUUUGUCAAUCUCAGGCUUGUCAAUAAGACAAAGUAGACCCUACUUAGUCUUUUGACAUCUUUGGAUUGCAUUGGACGUUUAAUGAAAUUCCAAAUGGAGUCAGCAUGAGAAUAUAAUAAAAUAUAUAUCUUUAUCAAAUACUCAGUACGUUAACCAUGUUAUAAGGGAUAUCCAUGUCGGGGCAGUUCCUGGGUUGGUAUAGUUCUAGGGAUGCACAGGAAAGGAGGGAGUCUCACCUUUUGGAAUUUAUUGUAUUAUGUAUAGAGAUGGUAAAUUCUAAUGACUAAUAGGUAUUUCUUGAGGUUUAUCUGUAGAGCAAUUUGUGACAUGCUUAGUUCCAAAUUGAAAAUUUGUAGGGUGCUAUUUGCCUAGUGUGCAGAGAAUGUUUCAAUAUGUGUGUGCUAAAUGCCAGAUCACUUAACCCCUUAAGGACACAUGACGGAAAUAUUCCGUCAUUAUUCACUUUUAUUCCAGAAGUUGUUUAAUCUUCAUUAAGUAGUCUGGGUGCAGUGUCAUUUUAGCUUUGGUCCUGCAAUCUGAGACUUUGUUGUUUAGUAGAUACAGCAAUGUUUUGAUUGCAUGGCUAAACACACUCUAGUGACUGUGUUCCUGACAGCCACUAGAGGGUGCUUAACCUGCAACUAUUGAAUUUGAAUUGGUUAUGUGACUUCAAUGUUGAAUGUUUUCAAAUGCUGAUCCUAGGGAAGCACUGGAUUCUCUAUGAGAAGCAUUUGACUUCAUGAGCAAGGUGCUUGCCACACAUUCUCUAUGAUGAGCACCAAAUUUGACAAGAAGCCAAAGUAGCAACGCCUAUUGGGCAAUGUCACCAGACGCGGAGUUGGAAGCAGCAUCGAAUGGGUCUUGGUACUUGAAAAAGGGUCCCCUGAAUCUAAAUAGGGAGGAGUACUCUAUAGCAGUACAUAUACAUGUUUGUAUACCUAAUUCUGUAGUUUGUCUUUAAAUGUCAGUGUAUGUAUCUGUUUGUGUGUGUGUGUGUAAAUAUAACCGUGUAUGUAUCCUUGUUUGUGUUAUCUAUGUGUGUAUGUGCAUGUAAAAAUAUAAAUUUAUGCAUGUAUGUAUAUGUUUCAAAGUGGGUAUAUGUUUGUUUGAGGUUUUAUAUUUAUCUGAUGAUGUGUGUAGUCUUAUUUUAUAUAUCUGAAAACAGUGGGACCACGUCUUAUGGUACACUCGCACUAUGAUUGUUGGGGACAGUUCCUUAGGGUCCCCAAAAGUCGGACCCCAGGGAACUAAGACGGGACAUUACUCCCAAACUGGGACUAUUGGGAGCCAUGUACUUGUGCAGUUAUGUAAAUAAGCUUGUCUUGUGUUUGGUGUUAUAUAGUAAAGGAAUACACCUGUCCACAUUGCCCCUCUCUUUCCAGUGAUAGCCUGAUUCUUUAACCUGGAAUUCCCGGACUGGGAGCCUCUGAUAGGCUAUGAGCAUCUGAUGACGCUCUCAGUCAAUCAUUGGCACCCCAUUCACAAAACUGUGUCGUGCUGAGGGCAACAAAACUAUUUUUGCCUAGGGAGGCAAGAAUCCUUGCAUCAACCCUGUGUGUAAAGUGCACUGAUAGGCUCACCAUUUUACUUGGACAGCUGUCAAACAGAGAGAGGGCUUUGUUUAUUAGGAGCAUCUAUUUUAACACGCACUGAAAAGGACUGUCUCUCAUUUCCCCGAGAGGAACUGUCUCUCAAUUCCCUGAGUAACACUUACUGAGAGACACUGUCUUUCUUUCCCCUGUGGUAACUCUCACUGUGAGACAAUUUAAAAUUUUAUUAAGACACGGAGGCGAGUAUUAUGCACUCUUUUUCUUUAUUUUCCCUCAGCAGCAAAGAAUUUUUUUUCUGAACAUAACCAGUAGUAACCGUAAACAGUCUGAGGUGAGUAUCCUCUUAGCAACAGGAACAGACAAUCAGGUUCCUCUCUCCAGCAUGAUAGACUCUGUCAACCAAUCCAAUUCCUCUUUAUUUGCUGCUCCCUCAGUUAAGUAACAUCAGAUCACACGGUUUCUUAACUGUGGGAUCGUUUUUCUUUUACAUGUUAUAUUACUGUGAUUUUCAGUUUUAGUGUUAUUUAAUACUAUUAUAUUAUCUAAAUUAGUUAACUAUCAUUGGGAAUAUUUUUCCUAUUUAAUUAUGUGCUUACAUAUCUGCCUGUUUUAACAUGUUUAUAUAUAUAUAUAUAUAUAUAUAUAUAUAUAUAUAUAUAUAUAUAUAUACUUCUUAUUAUUGUAUUUGCUCUUUUUGGUUCCCUUGACCCCCUGAGACCAGUACGAUUAACUGAGCUCAGGGACGUCUGCAUGAACCGCUGAUACCUGUCACGGUGCUUUCGCACCUUUUUUCCUACCCGUUAUCCAUCCGACCGCCAUCUUGCUGUAGUCGAGCGCACGCGCUUUCCUCAGUGCACCCAUUCGUCUGUUUCUAUACUUAGGUUUAGAUACCCUCAUUCGGGUGUUUUUUGCGCGAACGCUCUGGGAACCUUGCGUUCCCUUACACGAACCCCUCAUUCGGCAGUUUAGUUGGAUAAUUCAGUGAAUGCAUUGGCACCUUAGCAAGGGGUUCAUCUACACGAAUGCUCCAUUCCCUUUCUGGAAUUUUGCCGCUCGCGGCAGCCAUUUUUAUUGCCUUUCCCGCGUCCUGAAGCUAGCACUGCCCCCCACAGACCGGUACUCGGAGUUGGGGGUUAGUGCUAGUGGCGGUCGGAUGGCUCUCUGUUUCUUCUAUCAUUAAUGAUUAUCUGUGAGUAAUAAUAAUAGUAAUAUUAAUAUUAAAUUUUGUUCUAUACUUUGGGUUACUCAACCCUCCUCCACAGGUUUUGUUCCCCACAGGUUUUUUUUUGUUCUCUUAUUACUAGGACAUAAUCCUGUCAGUCAUUAGCAUACUUGUUAUGCCUUCUGACAAAGAUGCUCCCACACCCUCUGGGUGGUUUUAAGUGGUUUUAAGUGGUUUUAAGGCACCUUCAGGUGUGUCUGAUAAUGCAGCGGGUUCCCCUGCUGAGCCUGAUACUUCUGCUGAUAUGCAGACCCUGAUAGAUAACACUAUGUCACAGGCUAUGACUAAAGCCCUUAUGUCAGCCAUGGGACUAAUGUCUGACUCGAUAUCACAGACGUUUACGCAUGCCCUGAUUCAGGCACAAAAAUCAGCUCAACCGACUCUUGCCCAGGUCUUGCCUGUCACGACCCCUAUGCAACCUCAGGCUGGCCGCAAGGCCUUGGCAAAGGUAAAACAUUCCUCAGUGUCAUAGAUGGACAGCCAUACACCUGUCACAGAUGGCGAGACUACUAUGCCACCACGCAAAAGAGCCACUAGCCGGGCAAAAUCGGCUAGAUUAUGGAAAAGGGCAAAAGCCCAAGUAGAUUCUGAGUCGGAUCUCAGCGAUAUUGAAGAGGAGGCCUAUAUGGAAUCGGAAGAUCUGUCGGAUCCCGAAUCAGAUAGCCUGGUCGAAGAAUACGACCACUCUCGAGACUGUAAUCCGCUUCAGUCGGAUAUACAUAUUGUGGAGCAUAAGGCCCAAGGGGACACGGAUAAGAUUUUGGACCACCAUGGGGAUCCUCUAUUUGACCCCGAGGAACUACGACACCCAUGGUCGGCGGAGUGGUCCCCCUCGGAACAUGUGGCCAGGUAUGUAGCGUCAAGAGUACGCAAGCCUUUAGAUAAGGCGACACGGAAUAAACUAUGGGCAGAAUGCCCACGCCCCACUGUUCCAGAUGAUGCCUGCAGAACACCUGCAGUUGACCCAAAAAUUACCCAAUUCUUGGGAAAGACAGGCUGGAAACCUAAUAAAGGCCUAGACUUUUCCCUGCGCAACUGCCAGGAUAAAGUCUUAGACAUCUUGGGCCCAGCAACCAAGAUACUUGAAGUGGUCCAAGACGACCAAGAGCUAGAUCGUGCCACUAUAAAUGGAUGGAUCCAACGGGUUAUUUGCUUGAUUGGAAAUGCCAACACGGCAAUGGCCACAAAGCGCCGCAAGGCAAUAUUGUUAAAAAUAGAACCGAAACUGGUUAAUAUGGCUCUGAAUGAGCCGGGACGCCGGAGACAAUUUUGUCAAGGAGUUAGGCUCCUUCGUACACACAUUUACUGCCCUAGACAAAGCGAAAUCAAACAUGCGCAAGGUGUUUCACCCCAAGGUUUUUGGUGGGGCCGGAAGAGCAAGGAGCCGUCUGUCCUGCCGUGUUAACAGGAGUUCAUUUAGACAGAACCGAGGCUCCUAUACAGGAUGAGCUAGUUUCACAGAACACCGCAACACUCCGGCGUUCUUUCCACAACGUGGGCGACCAUGGGUUGCUCGUGGACCAUGAAACGCUCACUCAGGAUGGCGACCUUAUGUUAAGUCCUCUCGAUUUUCAAUCUUCCCUAUGGGCAGUGGGGGGCAGACUCCGACAUUUUUUCCAUACUUGGUCCCACAUUUCAUCAGAUGCCUGGGUAUUAAACACUGUAAAAGGGUAUACCAUAGAUUUCCUGUCCCUACCAGUACAUUACUCCCCACCGUGGGAAAUGUCUUUUUCCCUACAAGAUAAAAUCCUUGUCACCAAUGAAGUUUUGGAUUUGAAACGCAAACAUGCCAUCUCAGAAAUUCUAUGGCCACACCAGGCUAUGUGAGCAACCUGUUCCUGGUUGCCAAGAAAGGCGGAGGCGUCCGCCCAGUGAUCAAUUUGAAACAACUCAACACUUACGUCUCCUACAACCACUUCAAGAUGGAAGGAAUACAUUGCCUAAGAGAUCUUCUCCAACCAUCAGACUGGAUGGUGAAGUUAGAUCUAAAAGACGCUUAUCUUACAGUGCCGAUUACCCCGCAACACCAAGACUUCCUGCAAUUCAUAUGGCAAGGAAGGAAGUGGAGAUUCACGUGCAUUUCGGACUAUCCUCAACCCCGUGGUGCUUCAAACUCAUGAAGCCUGUUUUAGCUCUAUUGCGGAGUCGAGGAGUACGUCUCAUAAUUUACCUGGACGAUAUCCUCAUCAUGGGUCAGUCCACCCAACUUGCCAAGACCCAUCUGAACUGGACUCAGACUCUAUUACAGAUAUUAGGCUUCCUCAUCAAUUGGGAAAAAUCCAUUUUGGCUCCCACACAACAUAUAGAGUUCUUGGGUCUAACCGUGGACUCCACGUUUCAGACCCUACAUCUACCAAUGACGAAACUGAACAAUAUAAAAAAGGAAAUCAAACGCCCUCUGGCGACUCCCCAGCUUACCCUCAAACAGUUGGCGAGAGUGACUGGUCUCCUGGCGGCUUCCAUACAAGCCAUCUUUCCGGGCCCUCUCCAUUACCGAGCAUUACAACGUCUACAAGCUUCCCUUUUGAGAGACGGGGUCUCCUACACAGAUAUGAUCACUCUGUACUCGGAAGCGAAAGACGAACUGACAUGGUGGCUUUCCCAUAUGGAAGCCUGGAAUGGCCUCGCCAUUUUUGGCACCACACCAGAUAUUGUAAUAGAAUCUGACGCGAGUUUGCACGGUUGGGGUGCUCGCUGUGGAGACAAAUCUACAGGUGGCAGAUGGUCCGACAGCGAAUCUACACUCCACAUCACACAUCAAUUGCCUGGAACUCCUGGCAGGAUCCUUUGCGAUCUGCAGCUUCUCACCAACUCAAGCUCAAUGCUCUAUCCUUCUGAAGAUGGACAAUAUAUCGGCAGUCCGAUAUAUCAACCAUCUAGGGGGCACGAAAUCGAAGGUCCUGGCAAACAUGGCACGAGAUUUUUGGCAGUUCUGCCUGAUUCAGGGCAUUUCUGUCACAGUGGAAUAUAUUCCGAGGCUCUGCAACACCACGGCAGAUUGGUACUCACGACACCUCUGGGAUCCCAGCGAUUGGCAACUGGAUCCCAGGGUCUUCCGAGAUAUCCAGUCGUUAUGGGGCCCCAUGGACAAAGAUCUUUUUGCCUCCCGCUUGAAUACUCAACUUCCCAGAUUUUUCAGCUGGAGAUCAGACCCAGCAGCACUGGCAACAGAUGCGUUCACCCAAGAUUGGUCGUCCACAAGGAAUUAUGCCUUUCCACCGUUCGCACUGAUUCCCUACUGCAGUUACGACGUCAGACGGGAACCUUGGUGUUUGUGGCACCGUUAUGGCCCUCCCAACCAUGGUUCCCCCCCCCCACACUUAGAAAUGACGAUAGACAUACCUCGCAUUCUCCUGCACUUCGUGUACCUGCUUCAGGACCCGGAUGGAUCUCCUCACCCCCUGGUACAACAAGGCCUACUGCAUCUAUCAGUGUGGCUAAUUUCAGGGGAACUUGGGCAAUCGAGGGAGUUUCGGAAUCAACUCUCCACCUUCUCGAGAGCGCAGGGGCGUCCGGCACGAGACAGGCUUAUGAGUCUUCAUGGAGCAGAUGGCGUGAUUGGUGCCUGGUACGAGAUUUGGAUCCCAUAUCAGCUCCUUUGACUGGAAUCCUCUAAUUCUAAACUUCAUUGUUUGAGGACGGCAAAUCCUAUCGUACAGUGAACCUGUACCGAUCGGCCAUUUCGUCUUCACACCAAAGGAUAGAUGAAGCCCCGAUAGGACGCCACCCGCUGAUAUGUAGACUCCUACGUGGCAUCAAAUUUGCACGUCCCCCACUACCACGAUACUCGGUAUUAUGGGACGUGUCCAUCAUCCUCAAUUUCCUCCAAUCAUGGCCAGACAACGCAUUCCUAUCCCUGAAACAACUGUCGGCCAAGCUGGCUAUACUCCUCUGCCUCAUAUCCUGCAAGAGAGUCUCCGAUGUCAGAGCCCUGGACAUUACCGCACGCUCCUACAUCCCAGAAGGGGUUACUUUCGAUAUAUCUCGCAGAACGAAGACAUCAUCAAAGAAAGUGUCAUACCCAGCAUUCCCUGACAGGCCGCUUUUAUGCCCGGUCAAAUGCUUACAAACUUAUGAACUUCGCACCUCCACACUACGAGACAUGACGAAACACGAACUCUUCGUGUCCUUCCAAAAAACACACCUACCAGUGUCUACUCCUACUCUAGCUCGAUGGGUUAAAUGGAUUAUGUCCCUAGCGGGCAUUGACACCUCAUUAUUCUCACCUCACUCAAUACGAGGAGCGAUGGCUUCCAGGGCCUCCUCGAUUGGUUGUCGUCUUGAAGACAUUUUGAAGGCGGCCGAUUGGUCCUCAGAAUCUACCUUUUGUGACUUUUACUUUAAACCCAUUCUACACUUCGCGGGAACGGUAAUCUCCCAGCUUUAAACCAGCAUAAUAGGAGACUUCGUGUCUUAAUAAAAUUCAGAUUUUGCUAUUAUCAUGACGUGAAGUCAUGAUUUUAUUAACGACACGGAGGCGAGUAUUAUCCCUCCCUCCCAUCCCAUGGAAGGAUGGAAUUUGAUUUCACGGUAAGUCCUAGUAGUCAUGGAAUUUCUGGAGGUUACGCUUGUCAAUACUUCACUUAACCACAAUGGCUUAGGGGAAUUAAAAUGUUAUUAUGACAAUUCCGAUUUAUGCGUACACCCAGUUUGGUACUAGGAUAUUACAAUAUUUCUCCUUGUCUUACAGCCUUACCUACUCCAGAUCGUUGGGGAUACCUCUUGUUACACGGUCCCUUUUUCUUUCGGUUGGAUGAUUAUACUGCUUCAGGAUCGCAAAUAAAGAGGAAUUGGAUUGGUUGACAGAUCCUAUCAUGCUGGAGAACGGAAUCCGAUUGGCUGUUCCUGUUGCUAAGAGGAUACUCACCUUAGACUGUUUACUGUUACUACUGGUUACUACUGGUUAUGUUCGAAAACAAAAUUCUUUGCUGCUGAGGGAAAAUAAAGAAAGAGUGCAUAAUACUCGCCUCCGUGUCGUUAAUAAAAUCAUGACUUCACGUCAUGUUAAUAGUAAAAUCUGUGAAUUAAAGGACCACUCUAGGCACCCAGACCACUUCAGCUUAAUGAAGUGGUCUGGGUGCCUGGUCCAGCUAGGCUUAACCCAUUUUUUCAUAAACAUAGCAGUUUCAGAGAAACUGCUAUGUUUAUGAAUGGGUUAAGCCUUCCCUUAUUAUGAAUGCUUUCCUAUGUGACCGGAUGAAUGCGCGCACGGGAAGGAGAAGAUGAGGAUCAGAGGAGGAGAGCUCUCCGCCCAGCGCUGGAAAAAGGUAAGUUUUAACCCCUUUCCAGAGCCGGGCGUGAGGGGGUCCCUGAGGGUGGGGGCACCCUCAGGGCACUAUAGUGCCAGGAAAACGAGUAUGUUUUCCUGGCACUAUAGUGGUCCUUUUAAAGGUCACUACAACAGAACUGGAACAAUUCUCUAAUCCAACUAUGUUUCCAGCUCUACUACUUUGGCCCUAAAUUUGAAAUGUACAUGGAAUUCUUACUUUUAGUGAGUAACCUAGAAUGCCUUCAUUCCCCUGUGGUAACUAACUGAGAGGGAGUGCCUUUCAUUCCACUGUAGUAACACUCAUUGCAAGGGACUACCAAUCAUUUCUCUGUUGUGGCAACAACCAACUUGGGCAAUCUCUCCUUUCUCUGUAGCAACACUCACUAACUAACAAGUGUCUACUACUAAUCUCUCUUUUGUGAUUGAUACUCUUCUCUCUCUGAACAAAGUUGAAAACAUAUCUACUCGUACUUGAAACUCUAUAAUUUGUUUGAGCCGUUGCUGCAGUGAUAUGUCUUUUUAUAGGGGCUUGUGUAUGUAUUUUAUUCUUAUAAAUUCGUAUUGGUUUCGAUUGGAAUUUAAGCAAGGGGAAGCUGUGCUUAUUAACUGUACCUUCUUCUAAAAAUAUUUCUCUGAUUCAUUAUUGAGGCUAAUAUUAUAUACAGGUAAUGUUACUCCUGACAUACUUAGUCACUCCUCUAGAGUAACUGGGGCAUAACUCAAUCAGGAAGUAGUGUCACUCUAUACUAUUUUGAUGUCAGUCACACACAUGAAUUUGGACCUAGUCAUUUCUCCUGACUCACUUUUGACAUCAAAUCAUACAUACGCUUGAUGAGUUUCAGUGCCAAAACAGUUCAUUUCCACCUCCAUCUAUGACUCGCUAAAAACCUAGAUUAUUUGACAGUUAGUGUUCAUUACAUUUCUUGUAAUUCUAAAUUUACAUUUUGUUUUUCUUUCUUUAAAACUUAUUGUUAGAUUUUACUUUUAUAUGAACAUCAGCACAAAAUAAAUACUGUUUUAAUUCAUGAGGUGCUUCAUAAAUCUUUAAAAAAACAAACAUGUUGCUGAAGGGGUUAAAAUCCCUUCAGUGAUUUACCUGAAUCCAGCGCUGAUGUCCUUUGGCGCUGGGUCAGGCUCCGCCCAUGCUCCUCUCCCGCCGGGGGAGACCUAAUGUGCAUGCGCGGUAAUGGCCGUGCGCGCAUUAGACCUCCCCAUAGGAAAGCAUUAUUCCGUGAUUUCCUAUGGGAAUUCCGGCGACGCUGGAGGUCCUCAUGCAUAGCAUAAGGACGUCCAGCGUUGUUUAAAACACGUUUUGUAUUCUAAGAACACGGAAGUCCCCACAAAAGGAGGACUUAACCCUGCAAGUUAAUUAUUGCAGUUUUUAUACACUUGCAGCAUUAAGGGUGGUGGGAGUUGGCACCCAGACCACUCCAAUGGGCAGAAGUGGUCUGGGUGCCUGGAGUGAUCCUUUAAGGCAUGGUGUAGUCUGAAGGUCAGACAUUCACAGUAAGCCAGUGAACCUGCUUACUCAAGCCAACAUCAGGUUAGUAGUUAAGUUCAUGCUAUUUAAAGGACCCCUAUAGUGCCAGGAAAACAAACUCGUUUUCCUGGCACUAUAGUGCCCUGAGGGUGCCCCCACUCUCAUGGCCCCCCUCCCGCCGGGCUGAAGGGGGAGGAAGGGGUUAAAAUUUUACCUUUACUUGCUGAUUAACAGGAAGUAAAAAGUUCAAUGGCAAAUAGUUCCAGCAAAUGCAUAGCGUAUGCACUUAUUUUUUUUUUUUUUAAGCGUAUGAAAUUUAAAGUGUCACUGUCAUGAUCUGGGGGCUAUGGUGAAUUCGCAAACACCCCCACGGUGACAUCGGUGCUGGAGGUCAUGUUAACAGGGUGGGGAGCAUAGGGGUGCGCACAGGGUGUGCCUGGGCACACCCUAAUCCCCGCGGCACGCCUAUGUAUUGAGACCGGCAGGGGAGAUCUCAGGAGAUCUCAGCUUGGAUAGCGCCGGCUCUACUCCCUCCCCAGCGACCCGCAGGGAGGGAGGCAGGAGAGGACCCGGGGAGCUAUUGCCGGCAGCUCCGCCGGGUUCCUCUCGCGAGAUCUGAGCGUUGCCGCGGCCAAUUUCGUACAGCGGUCACUGGUGAUGGCUGUCUGGAUUGUCUUUAUAGCUUCAUCCAUAGUCUAAGAAAGCCACACAGAGAAAUUAUACAAAGACAAAGUAGUCCCUGUCUAUCUCCUGAAUGGGCUGGAAAUUCAGGUAAUUUUAACACUGUCAAAAUAAGUAUUUCAUAAAGAUUCUAUCUUUAUGAAAUACCAUAUUUUUUUAGGAUGGCAGGUGGGGGGGCAAAUGAAAGCACAUCUGUGAAAUAUGCUAUAAGUGGCUUCCCUCAAUGUCACAAACCUACAAAAUGUAAAUCGUAAGCUUUGGUUUUUUUCUAGGACGAGGAUAUCGGCAGGAAUACAGGGCGAAGGGAGUGUUGGGGUAAACAAAAUGAGUUGAAAAUCCAGAUAUGCGAGAUGUUUUACUAAGUUAACCUUGGGUAGAUUAUCUUUUAAUCUUGGAUGGGGAAUCUCUGGUACAAUAGGAUGGCCAUGGUAUUUGUAGACAAAAUAGACGAUUGCUGUAAUCUCAGUCUUGUCCUUGACACCGUGUAUAAACAGAUUUAACACCACCUUGCAUUCUUUGUUUCUACGCUUUCCGUUUCUAAAUAAAUUGGGUGGCUUUGGCCAAUAUCAUCUGCCAGGUUUAGGAAGAUGGCCAGCUAAGGUUGCUGCGGGCUCAGAUGGUCAUCGCAGUGGAUGCAAGCAGAUGCACGCAGUCAUCCUGCCAAUUAAUGCGGGCAAUUGCAUUUGGCAUUGUCAAGCAUAGUUACAUGCUUUGGGCAUCUUUUAGUUUGGAGCAGCAGCAAAAAUAGGACUAUAUAAAUAAAAUGUAUGCAAUGUGACUAUCACAAUGCAGCGAUACCAUUACAUUCUUCAUGUACAGGGUCAGUGAGAAUUCAAAGUGAGUUUGAAGUUUAAGGCCAGAGUAGUCAAAGUGAAUUUUUCAAGUGUGGAUGUUAAAAUUUGAAAGUCACUUUGCAUUUUUACUUGAGUUAACGCUGAUAGUAUUAUGAUGCAAUUUUUGCAAUCCUCAAUGUAACCGUAAACACAGGCAGCAACUAUUUAUUUUUAAUAGGAAUCUAACAGACACUCGGUAGGGAGAUUUUCUGUGAUCCCUGGAUUUCUUUGGGAUCAUUAUAGUCUUUUAUGGUGCAUUGUUCUUAUUAUGGCCUCAGGCAUCCCUAUUUAUGAAUACAAAAAUACAUUUUGCCUAGUAAUGAAAAUUGGUGGACAGCAGGAAUGCAAACUAAUAAAUCGCUUAUUAUUUUUAUGUUUUAGGAAAUCAAAUACAGUAGUUCCCAGGCUCAUUUAUAUAAUGAAAUACAGUAGUUCCCAGGCUCAUGUAUUUAAGGACACAUUUACCAAUUUUUGUAAUGAAAAAGAGCGUACAAUUGUGUGGGCAAGCACCUUUGUAAGAAACCUACAGAAAAAGAAACAAUUACCUCUCACCGAACCCAUGUGGUAUAGUAAAAGGAUCCUCAUAGAAAUGAGGAACACCAAAUAGAGAAGUUACCAAAAGCCAGAGCAUUCCAUAAACAGUCCGUAUUCAGUUCUGUAUCAUCCAAGCAGAAGUUGAAAGACUCCAUGUUUUAGGUACCUGUUUUUUGUCAAGUCACAUGACAGAUGUUUGAUACAAAGCAAAGUACAGUGCUAAAACUCAAAUGACCUGUUAUGGUGCUUAGAUAUUAGGGAUCGACCAAUAUUUUCUUUUAUUUUUUUUUAGAGCCGAUACCGAUAAUCUGUGAACUUUCAGGCCGAUGGGCGAUAACUUAUCGAUACCGAUAUUCUGUACAUUUACCAUGUAAAAAAAAUUAAACUAUUUCUACACAAAUCUACUGUUAACUGAACAUGUUUAUUAUUUAUUUGCAUUUUUUUUUUUUUAAUUAAGGUAAAUGCACAAAAUAUAUGCCAGUCAGAAUUUUUUACGUUUUCAAGAAUAUAUAUGUGUGUGUAGUGGAUGCAGUGGGAGUAUUUGAUUAGUGAAUGCAGUGUGUGUGUUUGUGUAGUGGAUGCAGAGUGUAUUUCUGUAUUGUGUAUAUAAUGAAUGCAGUGUGUAUAUUGAAUGCACUGUGUUUUUUGUUGUAGUGUGUGUAUAUAAUGAAUGCGUAGUGUGUGUUUGUGUAGUGGUUUUGUGUAGGUAUGUUAAGUGUGUAAAAUAGGGCGUGGGGGUCAUUAAAAUUUUUUGAACUUUUACAUUUUGUUUUAGUCCUUCCUUUCUGCUUCUUACCUGGCCAGGGAGGGAGAUAUGGCAUUCCCUGGGGGGACCAGCACACUCUUACUUACCUUCCCAGCAGCUCCCUUCAGCUCCUCUUUCUAACUCUCGCGGCCUGUGUGCUGCGCGGAGCGUUGCCAUGGUAACCCGUGGCAGCUCUCUGACGGCCGUGGGACUCCCAAGAGUUACACAGGGGAGCUGAAGGGAGCUGCUGGGAAGGUAAGUAAGAGUGUGCUGGGCCCCCCAGGACCAUGAUGGCGGCCCUGGUCUGCAUUAUCGGCAAUAUCGGUAUUUUUAUUUACCGAUAUUGCUGAAAAUACAGAAUAUCAGCCAGACCGAUAAUCGGUUGAUCCCUAUUAGAUAUACCCUUUAAAGGAGCACUCCCUGAAUUUUUCCCCCACCAUUGCUUUUCACUAAGCUAUAUUGAGAUGGGUGGACUUCAGCUGAGCUCAAGCAUAGCGCACCUGCCACUUCCGUUAGAUCUGUGGAGCUAACGGAAGUGGGAAAAAAUAUUCUGGCUGUCAGAAGUGUUUCUGCCACCAGUAAUAAAAAAGCGAUUUCUAUUGAAAUCAGAACUUUUAGAAACUGUUAGAAAAUGUCAGAAUCCAGACACACUAAUGACUUAAGCCAGCUGAAGUGUGUUUAUAUAAGUAUCCCAACACUUUUUUUUUUUAAAUACAUUUUAUGUUCAUAUAGAUUCACAGUUCUAUCUCCUAUUUGAUCCUCUUAUGUUGAUAAAGGAACUAUACAUUGUAGUCCAUUUAUAAAUUUGUAAAUAAUUUCUUUACAAAGAGCCCAAACACUACAUAUCUGCGUUACUGUUCAGUUUACCACAUAAGCUUUUAUUUUCACUAAAAUGGGAGAAACCUCUAUAUUCUAUUUCUGAACCAUGUAAAUGCGUAAGAUUAUCAAUGCUUUCAUUACCAUUUUGAUCUACGUGUAUAUUGCAAACCGCCAACGUUUAUUUUUAGUACGAUAUGUCAUAACCCCGUGUGUUUGUUUACUCUCUUAAUGACAGAUUUUGCAUGAAAUUUCUUUCAUAGUAAAAGUCUUAUCUUUGUUUGUGAACAGGAAAAGAUGCAAACAAUUCCACAUUUACGUAAAAUUUCUAAUCCGCAUCUUUAUCCACGUAGCUGUUAAAAGCUUUGCAAUUAUGCAUGAUUGAGUUAUUCCAAACUGUACAAUGUGUAUACAGUAAUUAGAAACACAGGUAGAGAGAAUGCAGAGCCGUUUCAUAUCUUUAUAGGGCAAAGGGAGGCAACAGAGGGUGGUGAAUUUGUGAUUAUUGGAUUCGGUCACAGCAUAAGUUUAGGGUUGCACCUAGAGUAAUUGUAGACUAGAAUUCAGUUCUUGGGAGGGGGGGGAGAGUUCACUAAGAAAUUGUCUUUACUGGAAAACACGGGUUCCAGAGGACAUAUCUACUUGGUGUUGAUGCCAGUCAAAGUUAAGACCUUUUUGGAAAUUAUUAUGUACAUAGAUACAUUGCCUUGAGAAAGAGUGAUUGAAUUCGAUCUCUUGGCAGAGGGAAGAAUACAUUUGAUACCCACAACAAUUGCAUAACAUUUGCAUCCAUUGCCUGGAAAGCCUACCCGCUGAUCGGAACCUUUUUUUUUUUUUUUCUGCCAAGUGUAUAUUUCUGUAUUUGACCUUUCUCUAUAGGGCUCUGCCGUUAAUAUUUUCUUUUUAUGUGUAAUGUAUUUUUUUUUUUCUAUUUAACAUUAUUUUCUUUCUGCUCUGGUCUUUGUUUUGAUUCAUUUUUUUGCAUUUUUUUGUUUUUUUAUUUUUCUGCAUUCAUUGUUCUUUUAAUAAUAUGCCCUUGCUUACUUUGUAUGGGUCACCCAAACAUUAAAAACAUCAAGUCAUUAGUAUCACCUACUCAUUUAAAAGUGCAUAGGAUAAAAAAAAAAAACCACAACAACAAUUGAGACUUUGCUUUUUUUAAUUUAUUUUUUAACUUAAAAACAUUCUAAAAGGUUUGCAGGUGUACAAAGCUUUUUUUUGCAUUGUAGUGGUAGAUUUGGGUGUUGAUUGUAAUGAUAGAUUUGGAUUUUUAGAGACGUCGGUCAGGCCCUGACGCACUAUUUGGUACUAUCCCCACCUACCAUUACAUUUGCUCAUUCUUACAAGAGGAGGCUUUGUUUGUUCCUACAUGCAAGGCAAUUAUGAGCACGGUCAUAUUCUGGCAGCACUUCAUAAAGCUGAAGAUUAAAAAAGAUUUGGUGAGUAAUAAUUUAAAGCAAAGAGGGCCCCUCUUCUUAGGCCUUUACCUGCCCUUCCCUGAAACAUAUAACCUUAUGAGUGCGAGAGGACUGAUAUGCAUUUACUGUCAGAGGUAUGAGACUAAACUAAGCCACCAUUUAUUUUUCCCAUGCUUAAAUCUAACUCUGUUUAAUCCAAGAUAAUGGCUUUUGACAUUCCCUGCCCCCUUACAACGUAUUCUGCCUCUGGCAGGUGCAAUCCCAUCUCGUUCCAUCUGUAAUAUUUUGCUAAUUAUACAAUAUGGGGGGGUGGGGAGAGGGGUUGGCGGAUAACCCAUGGGGCAGUCUGAGGCUUGGUUUGUUGUUUUGGGUCUAGAUGUACAUUGCCUGACAGUCAUCCACAUGGACACUGAAACAAAACACUAAUUAAUACAUAGCUAAUUAAUAAUUAAUGACUUCUUCAGGAUGUCAUGCUGUUCACACAGAGCAGUUUUUCCUUAACCAUUUUUGACAGGGGUUUCAUUUAAGCAAAUGGCAUUAGCCUGGCAACCCAUUCUUCAGUACGGAAGAGUACGUUCUACCAAAAACCUCCUUUAGACUCCUCCUAUGUUAGUGACAAAUCCAUUGCGAUGGGGAACAGGCAUUACUGCUACAGUAAGCAAUCUAUUGUGGAAAGUUGCCUGGGGUCUGAUAUAUAGGAUGUGUCUGUUCUAACCUAUAGAAACCUUCUGAGUCUCGGAUCUCGACCUAAGGGUUACAAACGACUGACCCAAACACACUGCUCUGUAUGUACUUCCAGACAGCUCUGCAUGAUCACGUUUGCAGACACACAUGGCUCUGCAGGAUACAGAGUACAAAUAGAAACAGCUGUAUUUGUUUGUUUAGGAAGAUGUACCAUUGUCUGUAAUGCUAUACACAGAGAUAUGUCCUUCUGCCUAGAUAUUUAUACAAAUACAUAUUGUUCUGUUUUGUUCUUGACAAUCUGAAUUAUCCUUGUGCCUUCCACAGCCUGAAAACAAACUGAUCAGUGUUCACGCAUCGCUUCUAGUUUGGGGAAAACAAAGCUUUUGUAUUUUUUUUAAUUUUUUUUAACUAAAUAUUAAAUUUAUAAAAAUAAUAAUAUAUAAUUCAUUAUAUAAGAGAGACCUGUACCUGUCGUGGUCUGAAUUCAUUCCAUUUCAUGUCAUUUUUUUUUUCUCUUUGGCAGUGACUUCUUAUUUGAAUGCGCCUCAUUCAGGUUUGUUUAAAUAAAAAGACUGCGCGGUACCGGGAGUACAAACAUAAAACGAAGCACAAGACUGUAAAUCUCCUGCUUUAAAUUCUGUAAAGUAUAUUUGAUUUGAACGUUGCAGAAAUUAUAGUGUUUGUACUGAGGGAUCAACCGAUAUUUGCAUGAGUCUUAAUCCAGUAAAUUGUUUUUCGGCACUAAAAUGCUUUUUGGAGUUAUUUAGCAAAGUAUUUAUAAGCUAGCUUUUUUCAGACAUCCAAAUGCAGAUAAAUGGUUAAUGUUCAUAGAGUGGAGAUAGGGGCAGCAGUGUUUUGCAUAAGCUCAUAAUGAUGCAUAUAAUUUCAGGAUAAAACUAACACGGGCUGUUUAAAACUGUUAGAUUGCUGUAUAUAGAAACAGACAUGUAUUGGAUCAGAAUUGAUAUUUCUUUUGCUGUUUUUAUUUCCUGCCUCUAGACAGUGAUGUUUUUGUUUCUGUUGCAGUUCUGGAUAAUGAUGAGGCUGCUGCUGCUGCUGAAGAUAAACGUUAG